AUCCAAAACCAUUACAUUGCUUGUUAAACCAUUAAACCAUUACAUUACUUGUUAAACCAUUCUUCUUCUUCUUCUUCACAAAUUUUUAAUUUUAUUUUGAAUUUUCUCAAUCAAGUCGCCUUGCCUUGUCCAUGGAUAAGGUGCUUGUUCUUGCAAUCUUCUAAAGCCAUAAAAGAAGGGAGCACAAACGGAUGCAUGUAUGUAAACAAGAGAUGUCUCAGCCCGAGGGGAGCUUGCGAGGCGCAGUCUUCGGGGGAAACCCUGCAGUCGGGCCAAGACUGAAGAGGCUCCGGGGGUCCAGGAACACUGCUGGGACCUCCACCAAGUCCCUGGCAAAGGAGAAGGAGAGAACCCCGCCAGCCCAGGACGCGGGAGCGAUUCUCCUUGCUGCCGGGGCAGGCCAAAUGCCUCCGCCCCCUCAGCGAACUCCAACUGUCACCCAGGACACAGGGACGGAGCUCGGGACUCCAUCUGUGGUGGUCUCCGAUGUACGCAUCCCGGUCAACCCCCAGGACCUGGAGAAGAUCCCAGAGGCCUUCCGGGGAACUGUGUACGAAUCGGCGAACUACGCCGUUAGCCAUAUCUAUAAGUUCACCGAGAAGGAACUCCGGGCUAUUGAGACGAUGAGCCCGGUUGACGUUAUGGACUCUUCAAUGAGCAUGACCCUAAUGGGUGUCGUCGCCCUUCACCGGAGCAUCAUCAGGGCCAGAAUUCAGCUUGAUGACAUGAGGACCGAGCACCAGGCCACCCUUCAGAAGGUUAAGGCAACUAAGGAUGCCCUGACGACCUCGAAGGUCAAGUUGGAGAAGACCCGCCUGAAGGUCCAGGAGCUCGAGACCUCCCUUGCCACCUCGCAGGCAGACCUAGAGGUGGCGAAGACUGAGGUCCAGGCCGCCCUGGAAGCCGAACGGGCCACAUCGGAGCAGUCCCUGCAGGACCUGUUCUAUCACUGCUGGGCUUUCAACCCGGAGGCUGACUUCUCCUUCAUGUCACCGAACCUUUGGGCGAACUUGGUGGUGAAGUUUCAAGCUCGCCUUGAUAAGGAGGCGCCGCCUUCGGAAACUGGAGAGACCUCUGGCGCGGUGGAGCAGGGUGAAACGACGACCUCCAAAGGGUCGACUGACGGGGCCUAGGGUGCUUUUUCUUUCUGCUUUUGAGUAUUUUUAAGUUCCCCUCUUUUUUUUUGUAUGUAACCUUUGCAUGAGGUGUUUUCACCUCGAGACAAUUUUCUUUACACCUUUAACUUAUAUUUUUUCAUGCUUUUGGCUACGAUAUAUAUCUUUUUGAUAAACUUAGUUCGUGUUAACUGCUAUUUUUAUCUCGAGCUCUUUUGAAAAGAGCAGCAAUAAAUAGAUUUAC